GCAGUUUUGUUUUGUUUACGAUAAUCUGUGCAGAAUGGAAUAUACAAACGUGUUGUAUAAUUAAUUAAGAUAAGUAUUGUUUUUUAAUGAAUAAAUAAAUAAGUAAAUAAAUAGUUUAAUUAUUUUAAUGCGAAUUAAUUUUUUUUUCAGGUUUAAAUUAUAGGUGCAAUAUAUGACAGUAAGGAGAAGAAGAAAAUUAAAUUGUGCAUUGAGGUUAAAAAUUCCAACCAUACGGCAAGUCAUAAUAAAUUUGACACAUACCAUAAGGAAACGAGCGACACCAGUUCGGAAAAUUAAUUAGGAUAAAUAUUGUCUUGAAAUUUUAUUUUGAGCGCAAGCGCAGUUGCGUUUGGUGAGGGUACCUGGCAGCAUCGUGUGCUGACAACCUCGCUAUCCUGGCAACAGAAGUCUGGACAGGAUUCGCCAAUAGACAAAUCACCGCAGGCCUCUUUCUAGAUCUCAAAGGCGCUUUUCCCAGCGUUAUGCCAAGCAUUCUAGCAGAAGAUCUAUGUGAAUUAGGAAUUCCAAGGUCUAUAACAAGGUUUAUCUAUAAUUCUGUAGCUCACAAACAACUCUUUUACAAAAUCAAUGGAGAGAUUAUUGGACCUAGAAUUAAUACAAUCGGAGUUCCCCAAGGAAGUGUCCUCAGUCCUGCACUAUACUCCUUAUAUACUAGGAAACUGGUCUCUAUUAUUCCUAACAAUUGUAUUCUAGCCGAAUUUGCAGAUGAUAUCGCAAUCCUUUGUAGAUCGGAAGAUCCCAUUGAGUGCGUUGCAAUUCUACAGAACUGCUUAAACAUCAUUUCACGUUUUCUCUCCGAUAGAAAUUUAGACCUCUGCCCUGAAAAAACUAAAUUAGUACUAUUCAAUAGACUUCGAUUAGAUGUUAAUAAUAUAAAUCUUUCGCUUAACUUAAACAACGAUUCUGUGUAUCCUUCAGACUCAGUGAAAUUCCUUGGAGUGAUAUUUGACUACAAAUUUAACUUCGAUGAACAUUUCCAAUACUUGGCGAACAAAGCCAGAAAAAUUCUCAAUAUCCUAAAAGUACUAAGAGGCACCUGGUGGGGAGCUGAUCCUACUGUUCUCCUUAAUGUUUAUCGUUCAUUAAUCAGAAGUCCAUUUGAUUAUGGCUCUCAUACUUACACCUUCCAACGUUAUAAAUUUUUCGAUAAAAUGGAAAAGAUAAGAAAUCAAGCAUUAAGAUUAGCCUUAGGAUACAGAAGAAGUACGCCGAUCAAUGUCAUGCUCGCUGAAGCAUGCGAGCCCCCCCUGAGGAAACGUUUUUGCUAUUUAGCUAAACGCUACUUAAUUAAAACCUUCGCAAACAUUGAUCAUCCUAUUCCUGACAGUCUGAGAAACUUAUGGGAAAUCACUCACCAGAGAAACACAUAUCAAAUUAGAAAUACGUUUACACUUAUUAUAGCCUUUGAAAAAGUCAAAGAAUUUAAGCCACUUAUUCGUAGGGCAUUCUUUCAUCCUUAUUAUGAGUUUCCUUACAACGAUCACCUAUUCACUCCUCAAGUCGACCUAAAGAUAGGUAAGACUGUUCAACUUAGUGUUUCUCCGAUUGAAGUCUUUAAAGAUUUAACGCAACAUAAAUUUCAAAAUUAUGCAUCCUUUUUCACAGACGGUUCUAAGAUGGAUUCCGAUUCCGAAUUUGCAACCGGAUGCUCCUCUGUUUGUACCUCUCACAAUUUUUUCAACUCCUGGAAACUACCUAACCAUGCAUCAAUCUUCUCAACUGAAGCCAUUGCUAUCUUAUACACACUAGACUUUAUACUCACACAGAACUUUCAACACUCAGUUAUUUACUCCGACUCAUUAAGUGUCUUACAAAGUAUUGCCUCUGUUAAUCCUACCAAUAUUAAAAACAACCUUAUCUUCCUUAUUAGAAAUAGACUAUCCACCCUUUCUAAUCUAAACAAAGAAGUCUGGUUAAUCUGGAUUCCCGGACAUAUGGGAAUUUCGGGAAACGAACGAGCUGACGAAAUUGCCAAAGAAGCAGCAAACAAUGGAGACUUACUCAACAUUGCUCUGCCCUUUUCAGACUUCUAUACAUGUCCAAAAAUUGAACUAACUAAAACUUGUGAUGAAUUUUUUAAAACUGUUGGCGAAAUCAAAGGCAUACUAUACAUGAAAAACUUCUAUCAGAUCCGAAGCAAACCCUGGUUCCAUACAUUUAUUUCACGCAGAGAAUGGAUAACCUCUAUAGGCAGAAUGAGGAGUAACCAUUACUCUUUAAACGCAAGCAUGUACAGGAAGAACCUUGUAAGUUCUCCAGGAUGUUCUUGUAACCCGAAUGUGAUGCAAGAUAUAGAUCAUAUCCUCUGGGCUUGUCCUAAAUUUGAUUUAUAUCGGAAACCACUACUAAAAUCAUUCUCCAAAGCACUAAAUUGCCCUCCUCCAUUUUGCAGUAUUCAGUUUUUAAGCAAUCCAACACUCAGACUAGUAUCACCUAUAUUUAGAUUCUUAAAACUUUGUAAUAUAAAAGUCUAACUUUUAUAUUCUUCUACCAGGUAUCAUUACAAUUUUUUUUUUUUUUUUU